GGCCGGGGCGGGGCGCCGGGCUGGCGUCACCAGGACAACGGGCGUCGCCGGCGCCGUGUGACUUCAGGCUGUGGGCGCGCUCGCGGCCAUGGUUUUCUCAAACAGUGAUGAUGGCCUUAUCAACAAAAAGUUACCCAAGGAGCUCCUCUUAAGAAUAUUCUCCUUCUUGGAUAUCGUAACUCUAUGCCGAUGUGCACAGAUUUCCAAGGCCUGGAACAUCUUAGCCCUCGACGGCAGCAACUGGCAACGAGUGGAUCUUUUUAACUUCCAAACAGAUGUAGAGGGCCGAGUGGUGGAAAACAUCUCCAAGAGGUGCGGUGGCUUCCUUAGAAAGCUCAGCCUGCGUGGCUGCAUCGGCGUCGGGGACUCCUCCUUGAAGACCUUUGCUCAGAACUGCCGAAACAUUGAGCAUUUAAACCUCAAUGGCUGCACAAAAAUCACUGACAGCACGUGUUACAGCCUUAGCAGAUUCUGUUCGAAGCUGAAGCACUUGGAUCUCACGUCCUGUGUGUCUGUCACCAACAGCUCCUUAAAGGACAUCAGCGAGGGCUGCCGGAGCCUGGAGUAUCUGAACCUCUCCUGGUGUGACCAGAUCACAAAGGAAGGCAUUGAAGCACUGGUGCGGGGGUGCCGGGGCCUGAAAGCCCUGCUCCUGAGGGGAUGUACACAGUUAGAGGACGAAGCUCUGAGACACAUUCCGAACCACUGCCACGAGCUGGUGAGCCUCAACCUGCAGUCCUGCUCACGCAUCACUGAUGAUGGCGUGGUGCAGAUCUGCAGGGGCUGCCACCGGCUACAGGCUCUAUGCCUCUCGGGCUGUAGCAACCUCACGGAUGCAUCUCUCACAGCCUUGGGCCUGAACUGCCCCAGACUACAAGUUCUGGAGGCAGCCCGAUGCUCCCAUCUGACCGAUGCAGGCUUUACACUGCUAGCUCGGAACUGUCAUGAGCUGGAGAAGAUGGACCUUGAAGAAUGUGUCCUGAUUACCGACAGUACUCUGGUCCAGCUCUCUAUCCACUGUCCCAAGCUGCAAGCCCUGAGCUUGUCCCACUGUGAGCUCAUCACAGAUGAAGGGAUCCUACACCUGAGCAGCAGCGCCUGUGGGCACGAGAGACUCCGGGUACUGGAGCUGGACAACUGCCUUCUUGUCACGGAUGCCUCACUCGAGCACCUGGAGAAUUGCCGGGGCUUGGAGCGACUGGAGCUGUAUGACUGCCAGCAGGUCACCCGUGCAGGCAUCAAGCGUAUGCGGGCUCAGCUUCCUCAUGUUAAAGUCCAUGCCUACUUUGCUCCAGUCACCCCUCCACCAGCAGUGGCAGGAAGUGGACAUCGACUGUGCAGAUGCUGUGUCAUCCUCUGACAGCAGCUGCUGCGGCCACGGGCCCCAUCCUCCAGGUUAGACCAGUCUCCUGACUGCGCCACCAUCACCCAAUCUCGACUCUCCAUGGUGAAAGCAUUACAGGUAAAAGACUUCGAGCAGCACAGAUUACAGUAACUGGUGAUGCUCUUCACCUUAAUGUUGCUGGGAUGCAAGCAAAUCCAGGCCUGUGUCAUCUACAGCAAGAGUGGUGUGGUGCAAGCUGGAGCCCAUCCGAGGUGGGUACCUAGGCAUAUGAACCCCACCUGGCUUUGUCAGCAUUCUACAUAUACACCUCCAGUGUUAGCACAACCUGAGCAGAGCAAAAGAGCCUGCUGGUCUUCUACCUGAUCCUUAAGCCAGUGGCCUAAUGUAAUUCAUAGCAAUUCCUAUUGAUCUGCAGGACUUGUCCACUUUGAAGACUAAAUAGCACCUUUAUGAACGUGACUAUACUGCAAACUCAGAAUGGCUGCUAGUUUCAUAUGUAGAAACGUGUGUGAAAGGCAUGUUAACAUACUUCCAUAAGACACCAAAGAAACAAGGCCUCUAAGCUGGGUGGGGCAGGAUCUUCACCUUUCUGUUUGUGUAAACUCGUCAUAACCAACUCUAGGGACCAAAACCAACCCCCUUUGCAUCAUCGAUCCAUUGGAAAUGAUAAGUCCUGCCAUAUGCUACAGCAUAUAGUGCAUCUCUGUUGAAGGAAAGAAGCCAAUUAUGACCACACUUCUCAAAAACAUUUGUGGGAACCUUGAGAAAAUCCAGAAUUAAGGCUUAAGUUAUCUAUAAUCAAGUAAAAAUAAUGAAUGGAUGCAUGUAGAAUGGAUGUGGUUUUUUUUCAAUUUACUCUGAAUUUUUAGAAACCAUUUCAGAACUAUUUUAAAGCUUUACACAAAAAAGUCAAAUGAAUCAAGUAUUGGCAGCUUUCAAACCCACAAAGCCUCACCAUGCUCACUGGAGUCAGAUUGAGCAAAUCCACUUACGCAGGUGCUCCUGUCCUUGGGACUGGAACAGGAUGCUGUUUUUUACUAUGGUGCUGCUGCUCUGUCCCACUGAGAUCUCCCACCUUCAAUAUUAAUGGUAUCUGAACCUUCCCAGCGACACUCCCCAACCAGAACUGCAAAAAUGAGCUUUUUCUGCCUCUGUGGACAGUGCUGAAGCAUCUGUACAGACACAGUGACUCAGCUGCUUUCUAGGAGGGGGAGCAGAUAAUGGAAGCUCAUCAGGUGAAUCCUGUAAGCAUUAGCUUACUGCGAUGGGAAGGGUCCGC